GCGAACUUUAUAGUUAAAUGUUUAAAUUCUAUGGUAUUUAAACCAAUCUGUGGUCCAAGAUGUUUUUAAAGUUUUAUUCGAAACGGUUAAAAAAUUAUAACCUUGGGAUGUUUAUUAUUAAAUCCGGCAACGUUUAUCGUAAAUGUCAACACAAGCAACUGUCAUUUCACACAGCGAGUAAAAUGUCAAUGGAGGUGAAUAAUGUUUCUCGAGUGCUAAAAUUGGCCCAAAAAUUCAAUUGUUUUUACUUGUCAGGACUGCAGUCGCAGGAAUGUAAACCUUUUGUAGUUGAGGGUUUUCAAGUAGGGCUCAUACGCCCAGAUGUAAUGAAACAGCUUAUAAGAUACCCAGAGGUAUUUCAAAUAUCUUCUGGUUGUGUAGAAUUGAAUCCCGCUUUUAGAGAUUAUGAAGAAAGAAGUACUAAAAUUGAUGAAGUAUUAAGAGAACUAAGGGCUGAAAAUGUUUUUAUAGCCCUUAAGGGGUGGAGAGAUGAGUGCUAUGAAGUAAAAACUCAGUUUAAUUCUCAAAGUCUUCUAAAGAUGGAUCGAUCGGCUACUUGUCUAUUUGGAAUUAGAAAUUAUGGUGUAGAUAUUAAUGGUUAUGUAAAACAUCCAACUUUGGGUUUGUGUUUGUGGUUCCAGAAAAGAUCAGCCACCAAGCAAACCUGGCCAGGAAAAUGGGACAAUAUGAUUGGUGGUGGAUUGUCAGUAGGUCAUGGAAUUUUAGAAACUGCUUAUAAGGAGGCAAUGGAAGAAGCCUCUGUUCCACCAAAUUUGUUAACAAAUCUUAUUAGCGCUGGCUGUGUAUCAUUUUAUUUUGAGUCUGAACGAGGGUUGUUUCCAAAUACAGAAUUUGUUUACGAUCUAGAGCUUCCUGUUGAAUUCAAGCCCGAAAAUGCAGAUGGCGAAGUAGAGACUUUUGAACUUCUACCAGCAAAGGAAUGUUUGGAAAAAAUGUUUAGUCCUGAUUUUAAAACAACGGCCGCACCUGUUGCACUGGAUUUUCUUAUUAGACAUGGAGUUGUUUCACCAGAAAAUGAAACGGAAUUUUUAAAAAUUAUAGAAUUGUUGCAUGUUCCAUUGCAAUCAAUAUAUGGACGAUACAAUGAAUCAAAAAGUUUAAGAGAAAAUGGCACUGGUAUUUUAAAAUAAUUUUUUAACGAAUUGAAAAUUUAGUGUAGAAUUUUAGUUGUUUUUUAUAGUAGGAUGAAAAAGAGAGCCUUAAAUUUUUACUUCAUUUUAGAAGGAUAUAUAUAUAUUUUAAAAUAUUUACAUACUUUUUGAGAGCUUAAUCUUUUUUUGUAACUACUGUAUAUUUUAUUUAUUUAUUAGAAUUUUAUACUAUUGAGUAGAUAGAUAGUCAUACAGUAUUUAAAAUAAUAAAAACAAAUUGAUUUUAUAAGUUAAUUUAAUUGUGAUGUUUUUAUUGUGCAAAACAGUAUGUACUACUUGUGAUAAAUAAAUUUUUGACAACUAAGUUGUUUAGAACAAUAUGUUCUGUUUGUUGAAUUUCUAUUCAACAGACUGUACUUAAUGCAUAUUAUACACAAUAAUAAAGUUCAUUCCAAAG